CUUUCGACGAAAUCGUACAGAAUUUCGACGUCUAUAAGAUUGAAACCAUUGGCGACGCCUAUAUGGUUGUGUCCGGUAUUCCCAAUCGAAAUGAGGAUCACUCGGAACAGAUAGCGUCGAUGGCACUGGAAAUCCUGCACUUUUGUUUGCAAUUUAAGAUGAGACACAUGCCUACCAUUCCGCUCAGAUUGAGAUGCGGAAUACAUACGGGUCUG